AUGUCAUUGUAUAUUGGUGGAUUGACAGCAGAGACAAAUGCAAGAGAUUUAGAUAAUCUCUUCUCUGUGUAUGGUACCAUCCAGAGAAAUGAUAUAAAGAAAACGAGUGGAAGAUGUUUUGCAUUCAUUGAGUUUAAAGAGAGAAGAGAUGCAGACGAUGCUUUGAAAGCUUUAAAUGGUGCAAAAUUAUUGGGAUCGAAAAUAACUGUGGAGUGGUCAAAGGGUGGCGGAAAAGCACCAGACAAUAAAUGUUUUACAUGUCAACAAUCUGGACAUUGGGCAAAAGAUUGUCCGAAUGGAAAGAGAAAGAGAUCGAGAUCGAGAGAACGUAAGGAUAGUAGUAGUAAUAAUAGCAAUAGCAAUAGCGGUAACAACAACAACUCUGAGAGAGCUAGCUCGGUGUCGAGAGAACGAAAGGAUAGAGACAGAAAGAAACAUAGAUCAACUUCAAGAGAUAGAUAUAGAUCGAGAGAUAGAGAUAGAGACAGAAGAGAUAGAUCAAGAGAUAGAGACAGACAUAGACAUAGAGAUAGAGAUAGAGAUAGAUCGAGAGAUAGAGAUAGAGAUAGAGAUAGACGUAGUAGAUCGAGGUCAAGAGAUAGAGAUAGACAUAGCAGAUCAAGGUCAAGAGAUAGACAUAGUCGAUCUAGAUCAAGAGAUCAUAAAAAACACAAGAGUGGAAGCAAUAGCAGCGGCAGUAGUAGUAAAAGACAUAGACACGAUAGGGAUAGAUCUAGAUCGAGAUCAAGAUCAAAGUCAAGAGACAACAGAGAUAGAUCUAAGGAUAGACAUAGCAGAUCGAGAGACAGAUCGAAAGAUAGACACAGUAGAUCGAGAGAUAGAUCGAAGGAUAGACACAGUAGAUCAAGAGAUAGAUCGAAAUCAAGAGAUAGAUCGAGAUCAAAGUCCAGAGACAAUGGAAGAUCAAAGUCCAGAGACAGAUCAAAAGAGAGACACAACAGACGUGAUCGUUCAAAGUCAAGAGACAGACACAGCAGAUCACGCUCCAGAGACAGAUCAAAAGAUAGACAUCACCGAAGAGACAGAUCAAAAGAUAGACAUCACAGUAGUAGUAGUAGUAAACAUCAUAGUAGUAGCGACACCAAACAUAGAAAGAGAUCAAGAGAUCGUUCAAAAGAAAGAGAUAGAAAGAAGAGAAAUAGAUCAAAAGAUAGAUCAAAAAAUAAAGAUAAAGAACAUAAAUCAAAUAACAACAAUAAUAAUAAUAAUAAUAACGAUUCAGAUAAUAAACAUAGAGAAGAAGUAGAUGAAGAAAAUAAUCAUAGCGACAAUAAUAUUAGAGAUGUAGAAGAAGUCAUUCACAAUAGCAAUAACAACAAUAAUAAUGUUGAUGAAGUUCAUAAUAUGAAUGGACACACCGAUAAAGAAAAUAACAAUGACGAAAAGAGUAAUGGUAUUGCAUUGAAUGGUCAUACCGAUAGAGAUAGCAAUGAGAACGGUUGUAAAGAAGAUACAGAGAUGAGCAACAUUGACGAAGACACAAGUAAUAUCGAUAGCAAACACAACAAGUCGGUCGACAAAGGUAGCAGUAGUAAUGGCAAUGGUAUUACACAUGAAAAUAGUCAAGAUCAUCGCUCAAGAUCUCGUUCUAGAUCAUCUUCACCUUGA